UUCUUCCUCUGCUUCUCGGGCGUGACACAGCAUGGCGAUCCACGCAUGAGAAGCCGCCAGCAAGAUGCGGUUACAGCAUGGACCGCGAAGGAUCCCUGGCUAUGACAUCGCUGGAUAAGAAAAGGCGUCUCCAUAUUUCAUCUUAGCGUAACUAACUAAGUCAACUAAACUCUCGGAAACCCUCAAGGGUGUGUCGGGUUAUUGCUUUUUCUCUUUCUUGUUCCCUUUCUUCUGCGUCGUUUCUUUUGAUACUGCUUCCUUUGAAGCAUGGAUCGAAUAAUAAUGAUGGAUGCAUGGUGAAUGGGAGAGUUCCCGUCACACACGAGCGGACGGCGGCCAUGGCAUGGGUUUCAUGGAUUCCAUGGAAUGUUGGCGGUCUCAUUGGGCAUCGGGAGUUGAUCCCAUCUAUUCUUGCCUUCGGGAAUCCCCAGCAUCCACUAGUGACGGGAAAUUUUCCUGGCUCGUGGAGGAGCAGCUGCAGAAGAAAGAAAAGAAAAAAGAAGGGGGAAGGGAACGGAGUAAGUAUGGGGGUUAGCUGAAGGACUAAUUACCAAGUACUCCGUAAUAUGUCCUGCAGUUUGCCUUCGAUUGAUGGAGUAAUGUACCAUCCACGCACAGCAUCGCAAGGCUAACUCUUUGCUCCGUCCAUGCUGAUUCGGUUCCAGCGGUCGUUCCAUCUCCACUGUACCUAUGCUCGGGUUGUAUUCAUCUUUCCAGAGGGAACAAGCGCCGUAAAGUACCUCUGGUCAGGGGUGCCGUAUUAUUUCUCCCAGGAACACACUCCUUCCUCGACUACCUCUCUUGUAUCCGUACUGAGUACUUUUAGGAGUAUAUGGUUAUCCGUAAAGUUCCAGGUGGGACCGGCAACUCUAGGAGUCACAUCUCUCGAUCGAGGAAGCUCGUCUAAACCAGAGGAACGAGCUCGCUUGCGCUUGGCGAGUCGAGUCAAAGGCCCUGUCGCUGUAAAAAAGCCGCUCUCGAUGUCGCUUUUUCGGCGCUUCCUCCCUCAAGCCAAGAAAUGCUUAUAUUACCGUCUUCCCCCUUCGCUUUCUUCUCGCGCUCCUUGAUUGUUUGUUUCUUUGAA